UCUCGCGCCGGUUGGGGGCGGGGUUUCGGGGCGCGCGGGAGCCGGAAAUGGCGGCCGUGGCCUCCUCAGCUGCCACCUAAGUCCUUGUACUCCGCCAGCCGCCAUGCCCCUUCUGCUUCUGGCCUCCCGCCUGUGCCAGCUGUGCCCUCGCCGCCCUCUCUCCCGGCACCUUUCCACGACACUUGGCCAGCGCCAAAGUAAUUACUAUGAGCUACUGGGGAUCAGUCCAGACGCCAACACCGAAGAGGUCAAGCGGGCCUUCUUCACCAAGUCCAAAGAGCUGCACCCCGACAGGGACCCCGGCAACCCUGCUUUGCACAGCCGCUUCGUGGAGUUGAACGAGGCCUACCGGGUGCUCAGUCGCCAACACAGCCGCCGCAGCUACGACAGCCUGCUUUACUCCAGCCCGCCGCCCGCCCCGCGGCCCUCCGCCCGCCAUGGCUCCCGGGCCUCCUCCGCCUCCAGGUCCGGGCCGGCCUCCAACGCCGAGUACUGGUCCCAGUUCCGCGGGGUGAGGCCCGAGGGGCCGGGAGAGCGGCGGCGGCAGCAGCAGAGACGCAACCAGCAGGUCCUGGGCUACUGCGUCCUGCUGAUGCUGACGGGCAUGGGUCUGCACUACUUUGCCUUCAGGUUGCUGGAACAAGUCCAUCGGAGAUUCAUGGACAAGAAGGACCAGGUCUUCACAGCCAUCUACAAUGAGACCAGAGCCCGGGCAAGGACAAGCAAGGCCCGUCUGCAGCAGGAGCGAGGGCAGAAGCCGGCCGGGGCAGAAAAGUGAGUCCUCCACGGGCCGGACCGCCUGUCCUCCCCGUUAACCCCCGGGGGCUCUGGCCGGGACCCCCAAACCAAGUAAUAAACUGGGGGAGCAACA